AUGACAUCCCAAUACGUCACCGAGCCACCCACCUCGGGCCGCAUCGAGCUAAUCACCUCCAAAGGCGUCAUUGAGAUCGAGCUCUUUGCGCGCGAAACGCCACGCGCCUGUCGCAACCUGCUCACGCUCGCCCUCGAGGGCUUCUACGACCACCAGAUCUUCCAUCGUCUCAUCCCUGGCUUCAUCAUCCAAUCCGGCGACCCGUCCGGCACAGGCGACCAUGGCGAGAGCAUCUACGGUGAGCCAUUCCCCAUCGAGCCGCACUCGCGGCUGCGCUUCAACCGCCGCGGUCUGCUCGCCAUGGCUGCCACGGACCGCGCCAACGAGAGCCAGUUCUUCCUCACGCUCGAUGCAACCCCGGAGCUCCAGGGCAAACAUACGCUCAUGGGCCGCGUUGUGGGCAAGACCAUCUACAACCUCGUCGAGCUGGCGCAGGUGGGCGAGAUGGAUGCACAAAAGCACGACAGGCCACGCUAUCCGCCCAAGCUCAUCGAGGUGCGUGUGGUGGAGAAUCCGUUUGACGAUCUCCAGCCGCGCACGACCAAGGCGCAGCGCAAGCAGCAGGAGCAGAUGCACAAAGCAGACCAAGCGCCGAAUAAGGGGGGGAAAAAGAAGAAGAAGAAUACGGCGCUGCUGUCGUUCGGAGACCAAGAGGAGGCCGAGCAGCCUUUGAGAGGCCCCAAAAGCUCGCACGACCUUCUUGCCGAACCCAAGCUGUCGAAACAGCCGGCAUCCAAAUCGCAGUCGGCUUCAGCGUCGAAUGGCGCUUCUUCUUCGCACCAGGCGCAAUCGCCAUCAGCACCCGCUCAAAGCGUCGAGGCCAGCGCUCUGCCUUCGCAUCGGCACGCGCCGGAAUCGCCCAAGAGCUCGUCGUCGCCCGGCUCGAUGCUGGCGCAGCAACGCGCAAAGUACGCCUCGGCGUCGCGCAAAGCCGAUUCCUACGCCGCCCUCGUCGACUUUCAAUCGCGCCUUCGCUCCAAGCCCUCGCAUCAGGCCCACGCGCCCAAAAAGCAGGUGGUUGAGCACCAAGACGACGACGAGGGCGCCGGCGAAUACGGGUCAUAG